AUGAUACUGAAGGUUACUUUUUUGCUGAUCAAUGUGGGUAUUUUGGCUUUCGCCCUUCCACUUGACAUUCAACCACUUCAACUGAGCAAUUCUCGAGAUUUCACUCCCCUUCGACUGGGUAAUUCUCGAGAUUCAGGUUCAGAUUUGCUGACCUACCGUUCCUCCAGAACUGAUAAAGGAUAUGAUUUUAGCUAUUCAACCAGUGAUGGCCAAUCGCGAGAUGAACAUGGAGAAUUUCAUCGGAAGAAUUACGGUGACACUGAUGAUGAUGAAUAUUUGGAAGUUAGGGGCUCUUAUUCCUUCAUAGGAGACGACAAUCGCAUUUACACUGUUCACUACACGGCGGGAGUCAAUGGAUACCAAGCAGAAGUGACGGUUAUGGAUUCUUUUACUCCUCCUUCUACUCCUGCUCCUGCCUUUGCCAUCGAUCCGAAUGCCCUGAAAUCUCUCGUUGGCUAA